AUGGCCUCCGUGACGCCCUUCUCGGUGGCCGACAGGAAGCGGAACUUACGCGUGUGGCGAUUCAGCACCGCCCGGUAGGUUGGAUGUGAAUGGUGACCAUCAUGGCGUACAAGAAAUCAUUCUGUGUCUUUGUGUAUCUGUUCAGCCGCGUGGUGAGUAACAUGCCCUGCCCGGUGUGCACUAUCCGCGAUAAUGGCGAUCGGGCGGGCAGGAUGAUGCCCCGGGGCAACGGCCGGACGGGCCUCUGGUGCAAUUCCAGGAACAGGGACAAAAGGACCUGCGACUUCGAGUUGGAUGAGUACCGGUAUUCACCCUGACGAAACACGACUGUUGCUCAAUCGGCACAUCCUCAAGCAUCCGCAACAC